UCUGUUUGGUGUCCUUUUGUAUAUUAGAUAUGCUUCAUCUUUGGUUGGUGAAGAAAGAGAAAUUAAGGAAAACUAAACUGAAACCACAUUACGUUGGGUAAGUUACUUUUUGCUUUCCUCCCAAAAUUGUUGUGAGAACGUUUUUCUAUUUUGUGUAGAGAAUGAUGUCUAGUUUAUUCAUAAUAUUCAAUAAUCUGUAGCACAGUUGUGGUAUUUCCCCAGUAGGUUUAGCAACGCGUUGCGUUGGUUUGUUUUUUUAGUUUGUUAUUUUUGUGCUUUUUGCUGGGUUGAGAGCACUGCCGCUUUUGUGUGUCUCACUGGUUUGUCCGUGAGAUUAUACGAUUGACGGUAUUUGAGUGCUUAAAAAGACUCAACUCUUGGCAUGGGCAUGAAGAUUAGGGUCUACUUAUUGUAGGGAAAAAGGGAAAUAGAGUAGUGGGGAAUAAUCACGAUUUGUGUUUACAGGUAGUUGAGAACAGUUGAAUCUCGUUGUAAAUGGUUGAGUUAGACUUAUUUUUUGAGUCUCCUAGUGAGGAACUGUUUGAUCAGCUAACCAAGAAACAAUUGUUGGUGGUUGCUGCAAAAUAUGAUAUACAGUUAAAUACUAAGGAUAAAAAGUUGAAGGACAGUGUUGCAUUAAUUGUUAAAACUGCUCUUAUUAACUUGAAUGUCCUUGAUACUAGUGAGUUUGGUUCUGAUCGUGUUGGCGAAAUGGCUUCAACAUUCUCUUUUGAGCAGAGGAAAGAACUGAUGCUUUUAGAGUUAGAAAAGGUAAGAUUGAAUCGUGAAGUUGAGAUUCGUAAAUUAGAGGUUGAGGCUGUGCGUUUUCAGUUGAUUGGGGAAGGCAAGUUGGCAGGGACUGGUGUGUCCAGUUCUGUAAUGGGGUUGGAUGUUGCCAAUAAUAUUAGACUGUUGCCCAAGUUUAGUGAAACUGAUGUUGAUACGUUCUUCAGUUUAUUUGAACGUUUGGCAAGUAUGAUGAAAUGGCCUGAGAAGGAGCAGACUGUAAUGCUGCAAUGUGUGUUAACUGGUAAGGCACAAAAGGCCAUUUCUGCCUUAAGUACUCAUGAUGGUCAAAGCUAUCAAAAGGUAAAAGAGGCUGUGUUAAAGGCUUAUGAGUUGGUGCCAGAGGCCUAUAGGCAGAAAUUUAGGAACAUGCGGAAACUUACAGAACAGACAUAUUCUGAAUUUGUGAAAGAUUUAAAAAUUCAGUUAGAUUGUUGGUGUUCUGCCUCAGGAACAGAUACGUAUGAAAAUCUUUAUGAAUUGUUUUUGUUAGAGCAAUUUAAAAGUACUUUGCCUGAGCAUGUGUCCAUUUUUCUGAUCGACCGUAAUGUUAUAUCUACAGAAGAAGCUGCAGUUCUUGCUGAUGAGUAUGUACUCAAUCAUAAGGUAGAACUUAAGAAAGGUAGGUCAAAGUUCACUGAUAAUCCUGAAGAUGGUGCAGUUCCCCGUCAUGUCCCUUCUGAUAAAGGAGAGAGGAAUUUGAGAAAUUAUGUUGACAAAAAUGACCGUUGUGCUUAUUGUCAUCUAAAGGGUCAUUGGAAAAAGGAUUGUUUAGCACUCAAAGGAAAAGUGAUGCGUACCAAAUCUGAACUAAAGCCUACUCUUACUGUUUCAUCUGUUGAGAGUGACAUUAAUAUUGAUUGUUGCCUUGAUGUUUUACAGAAUGUGGCGAAACCUGUGGUACUUUGUAAUGAUGGAGACACUGGCUAUGCUGCUUUUAUUACAGAUGGCUAUGUGUCAUUACUUGGAUGUGACAAGCAGGUCCCUGUUAAGGUGUUGAGAGAUACUGGUGCAUCAGAGUCAUUUAUCUUGGAAUCUGUUCUGCCUUUUUCACAGAAAUCUGAUACAGGGAAUAGUGUGUUAAUUAGAGGCAUUGGACUGCAUACACUUUCUGUUCCCUUGCAUAAUGUGUUCCUUCAAUCAGAUUUAGUAAAUGCACCAAUGCACUGGAGUUCGACCUUCUCUGCCAGUGGAGGGAGUUUCAGUUAUUUUGGGAAAUAA